AUGUCUGUAUCAUCCUGCUGCAUCUCAGGCUUCACCUGGCAAGGUACUCCCACCGGCCGCACCGACAAGCUCGCCAACAACGACGUCUACAUCGCCGGCGACAACCCAGACGUCGCCAUUCUUUUCGUUGCCGAUCUGUUCGGCUGGACAUUCCCCAAUGUCCGUCUUCUCGCAGACCACUUUGCCCGCGAAGUAGGUGCAACAGUCUAUGUCCCGGAUUUUUUUGGCGGCGAAAUCUUGUCUCCUGAGCUCCUCGCCGCUGACAAGUUCGACCAACUCGAUUUGCCCAACUUUCUGAGCAGAAAUGGCCGAGAACCACGCGAGCCGGAAAUCUUCGAGUCGGCGCGUGCUUUGAGGCAGCAGCUGGGCUAUAAAAAAGUCGGCGCUGUUGGGUACUGCUACGGCGGGUGGGCGUCAUUCCGCCUUGGUGCCAAGGAGCAUGAAGCUGCGCCGUUGGUAGACUGUAUUAGCAUCGGCCAUCCAUCGCUAUUAACCAAGAAGGAUAUCGACGAGAUAGCUGUGCCCGCCCAAAUUCUAGCGCCAGAAAUCGACCCGGUAUAUAAUGCGGAGCUCAAAUUGCAUACUUUUCAGACGCUUCAGAAAGUGAACGUCCCGUUUGCCUAUCAGCAUUUCCCAGGUGUGGCUCAUUCUUGCUUUAUUCGUGGAGAUGAGAAUAAGCCGGGUGAGAGAGCGGCUAUGGUCAAGGGAAAGAAUGCUGCUGUUGCCUGGCUCAGGCAGUAUUUGAAAGACCAGUGA